ACCCCACCAAGAGGGAGGAACAAAAAAAACAGAGACAAAGCGAGACGAGAGAGAAUCAAAUUGAUUUUGUCAUUCGUAAUUUCAUACUGAGUCAAGGAAAGUAGUAAGCUUUUCUUGGCCACAGCUUAAGCUCCCGCUCAAAUUCACUCCCCUAACUGGAAUUGCUCCUAUCCACGAUCUAGGAUCUGAUUUCGGAAAACGUUGAGUCGUUGAUACUUAACCAAUUCCCGAUCUCGUAAUUUUUGGACUUCUGCUCAGAAUCCAAAAGCUAGUUUUGUUCACCAUAUGGAUACAGAUGGGCAAAGAGGAUCUACAAAUCCAUCAGCUAUGAUGGCCUCGCUUCUUAGCAGGAGAGCCAAGCUUCAAGAUGAGCUUCGUGGUAUUGAAAGACAAGUGUACGAUAUGGAAACAAGUUACUUGCAGGAUCCCAGCCAAUGCGGGAAUGUACUUAAAGGAUAUGAAGGUUUCCUCUCAUCCUCCAAGAAUACUGCACUUUUGAAGCGGUCUCGGAAGUUUCAGCCAGAAGAUAGGCUGUUCUCACUAUCAUCAGUCACUUCUCCUGCUGUUUGUAUCCCUCUUCCGUCGGUUUAA